AGCGUUUGGAGUAGGAGGAGAGAAAUUACAAAGUAAUUUUGCUCGUACCAACGCACGCCAAGACUCUUGGGCUGGGCAGUGCUAUUAUUUAUUAGCUAAUAAAUAAAUGUCAGUGUUUAUAUUAGAUAUCUCAUUAGCUAACCCGUUUUUUUUAUUUUUUUACCUACAUUUACCAAAUAUGUAACUUAAAGCAACCGUGUGUAUUUUAUGUUUUAAUAGAACCGAUUUACACCCAUCUUUCUUAUCUUGACGAUACCUGGUUAGUUGUGAAGUAUAUUUAGAAACGAGGGUGGAAUUUGUGGCAGGCUUCAUCAUGUGUAGUAUAUUCUGAAUGCAAACGGCUUCACUUGAUUUAUAAAGGUUUUAUAUUUCAGCUCAGUGUAGGACAAUUUUAUUCGUAGAUAUCUAAAUACUGUAUUUAUUCAAAAUAGCUGGUAGAAUGAUAUGGCAAACUAACCUCUGCUCAGCUCAGCACUGCUCCUGCGAAACUGCUGUACGCGACGCCGCGGUAAGACGCGUUAAAAAGGAUUAUAUAUCUAUAUAUUUUUAGUUUUCUGGAUAGUACAAUGUUAAAACGCGGGUCAGGUGGGGGUAAAACCAGCUACAGUCCUUACACAGUGGGUCAAAGGAAUAAAAAAACCAACUCCACCACUAAACCGAAAACCAAACUGGACAUCCUGCCGAACAGACCCAACGUUUGGCUGAAGCAGCUUUCCGUUCUCCAGGAGCAGCCGCGGAAGGAUGCAUCCGAAUCAGCCACCGUGUUCCUAGAGCCCUCCUCCUGCCCCGGGACCCCCUCUCCGCUCAGCAAGCUGGCCGCCAGCACCUCCUCUGCUGGCACGCUGAAGAGACCCACGGCCCUGAGCCGUCACGCCAGCGCGGCUGGCUUUCCCAUGCAGGCGGCGGGCACCUGGGGCUUCAGCAAGGGCCACAGGGGGGCGCUCUCGUACAGCCCGACCGUGGAGAGUGGCGACGGGACCAUCAUCGAGGUGGAGGACAUCUCCCAGCUGCUGUGCCACGUGGCCAGAUUUGCAGAGAGCGUGGAGAAGCUCAAAGACGUGGUUCUAGGGGAAGAGAAGCUAGAGGGGCGCCGGCCGCUGGCUCACGAGUGUCUGGGGGAGGUGCUUCGGAUCCUGCGACAGGUGAUCAGCAUGUACCCGCUGCUCAACACCGUGGAGACGCUCACCGCCGCAGGCACGCUCAUCUCCAAGGUCAAAGGUUUCCACUAUGAGUCGGGUAUCGAGGCAGACAAGAAGGAUUUCGAGAAGGCCAUUGAGACCAUCGCUGUGGCAUUCAGCAGCAGUGUGUCUGAGCUGCUUAUGGGUGAAGUGGACAGCAGCACGCUUCUCUCUCUGCCUCCAGCUGAAAAAAGCAGGUCUAUGGAGAACCUGCAUGGAGGACUGCUGGGUCAGGGAGUGGAUGUGACGGUGAUGAAGAGCGAGCUGCACGAGUUUGGCUUCCUGAGUGCGGAGGAAGUAGACAUCAUGCUGCAGCGAAGCGAGGGGGGCGUGUCCUCGGCUCUCCAGUACGCCAAGACCGUCUCCAAGUACAUGAAGGAGCUGCUGUGCUACGUGGAGAAGCGCACCUUGCUGGAGCUGGAGUUUGCAAAGGGUCUUCAGAAGCUCUACCAGUCCUGCAAGCACACCAUCAAUCAGGAGCCCCACAUGCCAUUCCUAUCAAUCUACUCUCUCGCCCUGGAGCAGGAUAUGGAGCAGAGUCACGGAGUGAUACAGACUGCCAGCACCCUGCACAACCAAACAUUUCUGCAGCCGUUGAUGCUGCGCAAACAGGAACAUGAGAAGAGACGCAAGGAGAUAAAGGAGCUGUGGCAUCGAGCACAGAGGAAGCUGAUGGAGGCGGAGUCAAACCUGCGCAAGGCGAAGCAGGCGUACAUGGCGCGCUGCGAGGAGCACGACAAGGCGAAGAACGUCACGAUCAAGGCUGAGGAGGAUCAGCAGGGCACCAGCAGCAGCAACACAACCAAGUCCCUGGAUAAGAAGAGGAGGCUGGAGGAGGAGGCCCGAAACAAGGCAGAGGAGGCUGAGGCCACGUACCGGACCUGCAUCGCCGACGCCAAGACCCAGAAGCAAGAGCUGGAGGAUGUGAAGGUGAACGUGCUGAGACAGCUGCAGGAGGUCAUAAAGCAGAGCGACCAGACCCUGCGAUCAGCCACCAUCUCGUACUACCAGGUCAUGCACAUGCAGACUGCGCCCCUGCCUGUGCACUACCAGACCCUGUGUGAGAGCAGCAAGCUGUAUGAUCCGGGCCAGCAGUACGCCUCCUACGUGAAGCAGCUGCGCAUGACGGAGGAGCCAGAGGCACACUACGACUUCGAGCACUACGCAGCGACCGCUGCCAGCCUGUGAGUGAGCAAGACAGACCCU